CAUUGGGUAACACUGGGGCAUUCUGGGGAUUGUAGUCUCCUUAGGAAAGUAGCCUCCUCAUCAGAGUGGCGUGGCUGUAUACCUUAUGAGGAGAUGAGUGGGAAACGGCCAGCCGAGCCCGGCCCUGCCCGGGUGGGAAAAAAGGGAAAGAAGGAGGUGAUGGCGGAGUUUUCGGCCGCUGUCACGGAGGAAACCUUGAAAAAGCAGGUGGCAGAGGCCUGGAGCCGCAGGACGCAGUUCAGUCACGAAGCCAUUGUCAUGAACAUGGACCCUUUUCUUCACUGCGAGAUCCCAAAUUUCAUUCAAAGCCAAGACUUCUUGGAAGAGCUUCAGAAGGAACUUUUGAACUUGGACUUCCAUGAAAAGUAUAAUGAUUUAUAUAAAUUCCAGCAGUCUGAUGAUUUGAAGAAGAGAAGAGAGCCUCAUAUCUCUGCUUUAAGGAAAAUUCUGUUUGAAGAUUUCCGGACCUGGCUUUCUGACAUUUCUGAAAUUGACCUGGAAUCAACUAUUGACAUGUCCUGUGCUAAAUAUGAAUUCACCGAUGCCCUACUCUGCCAUGACGAUGAGUUGGAAGGGCGCCGGAUAGCCUUCAUUUUGUACCUGGUUCCUUCCUGGGACAGGAGCUUUGGUGGCACCCUGGACCUGUACAGCAUCGAUGAACACUUUCAGCCGAAGCAGAUUGUCAAGUCUCUUAUCCCUUCGUGGAACAAACUGGUUUUCUUUGAAGUGUCUCCAGUGUCCUUUCACCAGGUGUCUGAAGUCCUCUCUGAAGAAAAGUCACGUUUGUCUAUAAGCGGCUGGUUUCAUGGUCCUUCACUGACCAGGCCUCCCAACUACCUUGAACCCAUCAUACCUCGGAGCCCUCACAUCCCACAAGAUCAUGAAAUUUUAUAUGAUUGGAUCAACCCUACUUAUCUGGACAUGGAUUACCAAGUUCAAAUUCAAGAAGAGUUUGAAGAAAGUUCUGAAAUUCUUCUGAAGGAGUUUCUUAAGCCUGAGAAAUUUGCAAAGGUCUGUGAGGCCUUGGAGAAAGGAGAUGUGGAAUGGAGCAGCCGAGGUCCCCCUAACAAAAGGUUUUAUGAGAAAGCUGAGGAGAGUAAGCUUCCCGAUAUACUGAAGGACUGCAUGGAGUUAUUUCGCUCUGAGGCACUGUUCUUGCUGCUCUCCAACUUCACAGGCCUGAAGCUUCACUUUUUGGCCCCUUCAGAAGAAGAUGAGAUUGAUGACAAAAAAGAGGAAGCAGCAGCCUCUCCUGCUGCUAGCACUGAAGAAGGGACUAGCCAUAGCUCCUCUGAGCCAGAGAAUAAUCAGGCUGCCGUCAGCAGCAGCAGCCAACAGACAGGCCCAGAGCUAGAUGAAAAUGAAACAAAGAAAGAAGUAAGUGUUCCCACAUGCCAAGGAGAACUGAGGCAUUGGAAGACUGGUCACUACACUUUAAUCCAUGACAACAGCAAGGCUGAAUUUGCCCUGGACUUAAUUCUGUACUGUGGCUGUGAAGGCUGGGAGCCAGAGUUUGGUGGCUUUACUUCCUACAUUGCUAAAGGUGAAGAUGAAGAGCUGCUGACAGUGAAUCCAGAAAACAAUUCUUUGGCAUUGGUCUACAGAGAUAGAGAGACUCUGAAAUUCGUUAAGCAUAUUAACCACCGAAGCCUAGAACAAAAGAAAACCUUCCCAAACAGAACAGGUUUCUGGGACUUUUCAUUCAUUUAUUAUGAAUGACAGGACUAGGCAAAGCUGAACAACAACAGGACGCUUCAUCAGUACUGGGAAGUCUGGAACCGCCGGGGAUGGAGUGAAGCAGAGGUACAUGGUCGCUUGUCUGACAGUGUUCUUAAAGCUAGUUGCCCUUUAAUAAGACUCAGUGAUUAGUCUUCAACCUAGACCUUGAGCUUGGAGCUAUGUACUUAUUUCUUGAUUUUAAAAACAGGUUUUUUUUUUUUAACAUUGAGUUCUUUUUCCAUAUUGAUUUCUUCAGUGACUUUUUUUAAUUUCAAUGAUUUGUUUUUAUUUCUUUUAUUGUGGUAAAAUAUUUGUACCAUAAAAUUUAUCAGCUUGACUAUCUUUAAAUAUACAGUUCAAUGGCAUUAAGUACAUUCAUAUUAUUGUGCAAUCAUCACCACAAUCCAUCUCUAGAACUUUUCCAUCUUCCCAUUAAAUAGUAUCUCCCCACUCUCCCCUGCCCCUAGCAACAACCAUUCUAUUUUUGUGUCUGCUAACUACUUGUGCUCCUCAUGUAAGUGGAAUCAUACAGUAUUUAUCCUUUUGUUAAUGGCUUAUUUCACUGAGCAUAAAAUCUUCGAGGUUCAUUGUAUUCCCAGUGAUUUUUUUUUAACUCAUAAAUGAUUGCAGAUUUUGUUCUUCCCCAUCAUACUGGUUUAGAAAAUUACAGAACCUUACAUCCUGUUCAUGCUGCACCUUAUGGUUGUGACACAAUGAAUCAUUAUGCUGCUUCCCACUGCCUAUGGCUUUGUUCCACUGUGAUUCUCACAGGACAGUGUAGACUUAGAUGAUGUGUACUAUCUAUUCCCUUGGAAAAGGUCUGGCCUAAAACCACAGACCACAUGGCCCCAAGAAACUUAUGGUUAAUAAAGAAGAUAAGCCGCUUA